GAAACAUUUUUUAAUAAUAGUUGAAUCCAUUUGUUGAAACCAUGGAAUAUACCUGAUUGUGGAUUUUAUAUAAGAACAAGGAUAUAUUUUCUCAUCACAGCGGAAGCUUUGGCAUGGCUGAAAAUCGUGAGAAACGAGAAGCGACAGGAAGUCAGGAUGCAACUAAAAGAAUGGCAAAAAAACUGAGGACUGCUAAACAAAAACUCACAGAAUCUUUCAAAUCAGCAGCUCUGAAGGAGUUUUAUCGGGAAAAGUACAAGAAUAAUAGAAGAAUAAACAAAAGUUAUGAAAGAAAUCACAAAUUACACAGAAGACACAGUCCAGCCGCUUCCAGCCUUGAAGAUUUGUUUCGACCUGGAUCUGAUGAUGGCAGUUUUGAUGGAAAUAAGCAGGAUGAUGCAGAACAAAAACUGAAAAACCUUUGCAAAGAUGUGAAACUUUCACUUCUUUAUUUUGAAGCGAUUGUUUUGAAAAAUAUCACAGAACAGUACGCUGGGUCUGCAACUAAAAUAUUAGAAACAAUAAUGGGAAUAUUUGAUCAAUUGUCGCAUGGAAAUUUUUCACCUGAACAAAGCUCUGUGCUAAUGUCAUGCCGAAGUCGUUUGGUGCAAAGUCUUGCUCAACUCAUUCAUUGGUCAGAUACAACGCUACUUCAUACUGCUAAAACACAUGAGAAGACGCCAAUCAGAGAUACAAUUCAAUCUGUUCAAAGCGCUGUUGAAGACCUGGUUGAAGAAUCAAUUAAGAAAAUUCAAACUCAAACAAACAACAGUGCUCCAGUGACUCCAAUGAAGGCACUCAAACCUCCUUGGCCAUCUUUAAGUGAGAAUCAAAAGGAUGAAUUCACAUCAGCUCCACCUAAACCACCUUUGCCGACUGAUCGUAAUAAUAAAACUCCACCACUGCCUCCAAAAUCGAGGAAUUCAGGAUCAAAACCGGUUGGAAUUGUUGCACCUUUCAAUAUGAACCCUGAUAUAAAUUUUGCAAAUACAAGCAAUUCUAUUUUCGGAGUAGCAGGCCUCACUCGUUCAGAAGAAUCUCUUCUUGAGCAAAACUACAAGUUUGCUCAGGAGACUGACAUGAAAAAUGGAUCAUUACAUAGAGGUGAACCUGAUCGUAGUAGCAUGUGCUCAAGUAAUUUUGGAUCUGACACAUUUGAUGAAUGCAACUCAGAAGCAAUGUUUGAAGCAGACAGAAUCAUGCGACGAUCAUUACCAAAAGAAAAGAAAGUUAUAUAUGACGAUGAUGGAGAUUAUGAACAACUUCGUGAAGACAGUACUGUCAAUGGAGGAAAAUCUCGACCUUUAUCAGAUCCUAGCGUACUUCUUCCUAUAAGGUUAAGUCUGGCAGAUGAAAAUGAAAUUAUUGGAUCAAGAGAUGACUGGGCUUCUCUGCUCCAGGGUCGCCGUGCUUCUGCCAGUGUUCCAGGCUUAGACAAUCUAUCAAACAGUGAAAAUCCUCCUGCUUUGCCGGCCAAACAAAGGCAAUCUUUGUUAAAUAAACAUCUGAGCGAUGCAAGCCAAUUAAGCAUGGGAAGUAUUGAUUCAAUGGAAAUGACGUCAAGUUCACAAGAUGAUGACGAUGACAAACCUCCGCCUCUUCCUAUGAAACAAAAGACAAUUCAAGCAUAUAUGCAAAUGUUCUCGGAGGCACAACCUCCUCCGAUGGCAGAAAUUGCUCGACAAACAGCGAAACGUUAUCAAUUUCCUGUUAUCAAUAACAACGGAACUUAUGAAGUUACACCGCAGCAUGGACCAAUGAAAGCAUACCAACUACCUUAUGAUUCACAGUCACAAUACAGCAGCAGUUCGAUGGGUCGACAUCGAGAUUCAUUAACGUCAUUAUCAUCCAUUACAUCUGAUAUAUCAACAGCUUCCUUUCCUGGGGUUACUCAAACGCCUCCUGCACUGCCACCCAAAGCCAGGCGGAGCACGAAUGAAAGCCUUCCGAUGUCUUCACCAUUGUCAACUAGAAGUCCUUCAGUGUCAUCAGAACAAGGCAGCAUCGAUAUUCCUGAGAAAGAACCUCCUUUACCAGUUAAAAUCAGGCCGAUGUUGCUUCCGGAUAAAUUAACUAGCAAAUCAUUCAAGACGUCUGAAACUCGACGGAGUACCCGUGAUAAAGACAAUUCACAUGAUCUGAAGGCUAUCACAGAUCCCGGUGAUCUGAUGGAUAAAACUGACGUACUAGAAUGGAUUGUUUUCAAAACGAAACGAAGUGAAACAAAAGAUGACGUUAAGGAGAUUAAAGCGGGAGUAGCAGAUGCAUUAAUCGUUUAUGCCGCAGAAGCUAGUAAAAAAAAUCUACUGUACUAUGAAGCAUUUCUUACAACAUAUAGAACUUUUAUGACUCCUAUGGAGUUGCUGCAAAAAUUAUUAUACAGAUAUAAAAAAUUUGGUAAAGAAUCAACCGAAGAAAAACGUGAUCAUCAACGUGCAAGCAGAAAUGCAUUUUUUUUGUUACUGAGAGUUGUCGAUGAAUUGAGCUUGGUCGAUAUUCAAGACAAUGUUUUAAACCUGUUAAUGGAACUCGUUUAUCAGUUACUGUGUGAUGGAAACCUGACUCUUGCCAAGUUACUGAGAACUAAAGUUCUUUUCAAACAUGAACAUAGAAUGUCAAAUAUUGUAGAUAAUAUUUUAACGCCGCUGUCAUCCCUAAACAUAUCUUCAAAAGUAACGACAGUGGCCGAUUUCAGCAGUGAGAGGAUUGCAGAACAAAUGACGUUACUGGAUUUAGAAUUAUUUCAAAAAAUUGAGAUUCCUGAAGUAUUGCAAUGGGCAAAAGAACAGUCAGAAGAAUUAUCGCCCCAUCUAACUGCAUUUACUGAACAUUUUAAUAAAAUGUCCUUCUGGACUCGGACGAUUAUUUUGAAACAAGAUAAACCUCAAGACAGAGAGAAAUUGUUGAAUAAAUUUAUAAGAAUCAUGAGACAUUUACGACGACUGAAUAACUUCAAUUCAUAUCUUGCAAUAUUGUCUGCACUUGACUCUGCGCCUGUUCGAAGACUAGAAUGGCAAAAACAAACUACAGAAGGAUUGCGAGAAUAUUGUCAACUUAUUGAUAGUUCCAGUUCAUUUCGAACAUACAGAGAAGCUCUCGCAGAGGCUCCAUUACCAUGUAUACCAUAUCUGGGUUUGAUUCUUCAAGAUCUCACGUUUAUUCAUCUCGGAAAUCAAGACGAACUUCAUCCAGGAUUAAUAAAUUUCAGCAAACGGUGGCAACAGUUCACUAUUCUCGACAGUAUGAGACGUUUUAAACAAAGUGUUUAUCCAUUUGAUAAAGAUCAACAUGUUGUUGACAUGUUUGAUAACUUCAGUAGUCAUCUAGCUGAAGAUGCAUUAUGGGAAAUUUCACUAAAAAUAAAACCAAGAGUUCGAAGACCAAGGCGCCCUCACAUGUCAACUGAUACCAGUGUAAGUCGACCAGAUUCUACUGUUACUACUGAUUCAACAUCAACACAGGACGCUACAAUAAGCUGAAGAUAGAAAAGUGUAUGGAAGGAGGAAUGUAAGACAUAUCAGGAGAAUUACUUAUGUUGGGGCCAAAUUUUGAAUGUAUGAUCGCCUAUGGCAAUAUUCACAUUUCAUGAACAUGCUAACAUCUGAACUACUCAAACUAAUGUAGUGUUGUGUCCCGGAAUUCUAUAUUUCAUUUUUUAUGUCAUCAUUGCGAAAUAGUUUUUUAAGAUAUUGUUGUUUUAAAUAUAAAGUAAUUCAACUUGCAUCCAGAUGUGACCAAAUAUAUUUUGAUGAAAUUUUAUAAUAGAUUAUUGGAAAACGUAACAUUUCAAUUUCAGCAGCCAUUUUCUAGACAGUGAAAAUGCACGUCGUCCAGUGAUUUUGUAGUUUGUAUCAUAGAAUAUGUAUGACCUACAGCAGCUUUUCGUAGUCAUGAAUUAAUUUAGAUGCCAUUCAAUUUUUGAAUGCUCACCUUAAAUUGCUUUAGUACCAAAAUUCUAAAGGUUACUCAUUUGCAGAAUAGCUUUCCGGUAAUCGAUAUUUUUACUAUCGUUCAUUAUUUAUAUUACCCUGUUCACUUUGUAAAGGUAAAAUACGCAAAUCUUCAGUUAGUUUUGGAAUUCUGUUAAUUAAAUUAAAUUCACUACAACACAAGGAAAUAACUAAAACUAAUAACUUGAGGCAUCAUACUUUUUAUCGCUUCAUAUAAGAAUGACGACCAUUACCUUCAGUUGUUAUUUAUAAAUCUUGUGACGUUUUGGCAAUAUUUACGAAAUUGGUAUUUUAUUAUCACCUGAUUCCAAACGCUGGUGUAAUCUUGAGGACAACAUAUUCUACCAAACCAUUUUAAAAGAAUUUUCUAAAAAAAUAUGAAGAAAAAUGUUACUAAGUUUAUACCACUGGUUAACAUUGUACUCCUGUCAGCUCCAAAUGUUACUGCAUCAACAGUAUUACUGUCAUGAUUGUUUUAUUUUCUGCCAUACUUUUUUGUUCAACUUAACUUUUAUAAGACUUAAUCUACAGGACCGAAUCUUCGUUAUCCUAAUCAAAAAAUAUUUUCAUACUUUGCUUCCUUUGUAAAAGAUGUCAAGUUUAAUCCUUUUUAUUCUUUUUAUUACCUUUCUCGUAUUCAAGAAAAAGUAUGUUUUUUUUGUUUCAUUUACAUUUCCUUGAAUCAGUAAAUAUCUUUUUCGCUAUUUUAAUUGCAAUUUCAAUCAGCUCAGCACCUAUAGAUUCUAUUUGCUUUGAUCAGAAAGAUCUCAUUGUUCCUCUUUCAUUUUUGGGCCACUUUUCUGACUCACUUAUAAUAAUGCCCACUGCCUAGUUAUGGGAAAAACGCUUUGUAUCAAUCUGAAGCAGUUCAUUAUUUCAUUUUAUAUUUCAUUUUUAUUGAAAACCAAAUCUAAUAACGGCAUGAUUCUGUAUGCUACUCCUUACUUUGGUGUAUAGGUUUGAAAAGUUUUGGUCUUCGUAUGAAAAUGGUAUUUUGCUCUCAUAGUACCCACUGCCUAGUCGUAGAAAAAAAGCCUCAUGCAAUCUGGUAGCGGCUAAUUCUUUUUCUUUAUUAUUGAAAACUAGAUCUUAGCAGUGACAUUAUCUUGUCUGCUAAACUGAGAUUUAUCGAUUAGGAAAGUAUUGCUCGCUGAAAAUGGUAUUGAUAUCUAUGUAUAAGUCAGCGCCAUAUGGUUAGAAGUAUCAAAAAAUGAGUUGAAAUAGAUUAUGAAUUUGAGAUGUUAACGUUGGGGAGGUUGGGUAAAAUUAGGGUUUUCUCGGGUUCAUAUUCAAGUUUAUGACAUAAUAACUGGUUGGGUAAAUCAUUUGUUCAUUCUGUGCUGUGUUUGGAUGGUAUAUAAAAGGUGUUGUCAAGUUGUUCGCUCAUACAUAUAUAUCAAUGCCCCUUACUCAAAUUUUUGUGGGUACAGCUAUUCUGUGAUAAAGGUAAAUUUCGUAAAGUUUAGUUUUUUCUACAGGUAUCGCUCUUUCUGAAUCUAAAAUAUUGUGCGUAAAAGCGCCAGAAGUGAUGUGUGCGCUUCAGAAAAUCUGUCUAAAGAUAUAAUAUUAAUGUUUCUCAGUUUGAUCGGAUCAUGUUUUGUCAUAUUUUUAUUUGUUGCGGCUUGAUAUUAUUGCACUGUACAAUGUCUUUUUUUCUGGUAUAUUAUUAAAAUUCAUAAAUCGUA